AUGCCAUGUGGAACAAGUCAAUCAAUUACAUCCAGUUGUAUGAAAGCUACAUUUUUUGUUCUAUGUGUUGUUUUAUGUUUUAUGUCAAUUGCACUCUACUCUAAUACAGCAUUAAAUAGUUUAAUAGAAAAUGGUCGUAAUAUAAUACUAAAUCGCUUGGCAAGUUUUAAUCAAAAUCAUACAGAUCAUGAAAUUAACCUAUCGUCUAAUGAAACAAAUUCUACGUCAUCGAAUAGGCGAUUUGCAAUUUUUGCUUGUUCUAUUCAUGCGACAACUCUUGCAUAUUCUUUUUAUACACCUAUUAUAGCCGCUGGUUGGAAGCGCGUCGGUUACGAGGCGAUCGUUGUUUUUGUUGGUGAUUUCACCCUACCCAAUAUACUUACAUCUCGUCUGAACUUAUCGCGUUCCUAUUUGAAACAUGUUGGCGCAUAUAUUAUCGAUAUUCAAUGUAAUGAAUCAUAUGCUAUUAAAGUAUCUCAACUGAUACGUGUUUUUUCUGGUUUUUUACCUGAUUCUAUCGUACACGAUGACGAUGAUGUGUUAACGGGCGAUAGCGAUCUGAUGCCAUUGAGAUCAAGUGAAUAUCAAUCAAACGAUGGAACAGAUGGAUUUAUAUUUAAUGCUUUUUGCUGUGGCUCAUUUCAACGACGUGGAAGAUCCUAUCGAAUGUUUCCAAUGGGCCAUAUAUAUUUAAAGAAGAAAGUUUGGCUCGCGAUGAUAAUGGAAUCCAAACAAAGAACUGAACUUCUCGUUAAUACUACUGCUCGAACACAACAGCUAUUAAGUAAAGAUGCACCAUUUUCAUUUGAUACAGUAUCUAUUUAUGGUAGACAUGAAUUUCGAGAUAUAUAUGAUAAACCAAUGACAAAAGGUGAUUCAUCUUGGUAUAUGGAUCAAGUAUUAUGUUCAAUGUUAUUAACAGAUUAUCGUGAAAAAAAUAAAAAUUUAAAAAUCAGCGAACGUGGUCGUCCGAUGCGUCUUGAUCGUGUUGCUGGUAUUGGAUAUUGGAAUCGUGAUGCAUUUAGCCAGUUUGGUGAUGCUCAUUUAAUUCAUGAUACGAUUUUAGAAGAACAUAAUUGGAAAAUCUUUAAUAAAUUACUCAAAGCUUUAUUUAAUGAAAGUCUUGUUAAUAUGUUCAAUGAUUAUCAUCGACAAUAUAUGAUUAAAGAGAAAAAAGUAUAG